AUGUGUGAUGCACUAAACGAGAGAGAAAAAGGUAAACUGCCUAUUCAACCUCAACAAGUUCAGAAAAGUGCAUUUCAGGCAAGCACCUCAACUUGCAAUGAGUCCUCUGGUGACCAUGUGAAUUCUGUCACCACUCUUCAUGGUGGUAAGGUUGUUGAUAACAAUGUAGGUGUACCACAGUCAGUCGAUUCUAAAUCAGACUCACCGGUGCAUACGACUCCACAGAAAACACCAAUUGUGGAAAAGGAAUCCGAGCAUGAUAGUGACUCUAAGAAUUCCACUGAUAUCAAUGUCCCUGCACCAUCUCAUGUCCAUGUUUCUCCAUUUCCUCAAAGAUUGGUGCAGCAGAAGAAAAGUACCCAAUACAAUGAGAUGUUAGAAAUGUUUAAACAAGUCAAUAUAAAUAUCCCUUUUCUUGAAGAAAUCAAGCAGAUACCUGCAUAUGCUAAAUUCUUGAAAUAUCUAUGCACACAAAAGCGGAAGCUUCAUGUGCAUAAGCGUGCCUUUCUCACUGAACAGGUAAGUUCCAUAAUUCAAAACAAAACACCACCUAAGUUUAAGGACCCAUGUAGUCCUACUAUCACCUGCACUAUAGGUAAACAUACAAUUGAUAUAGCUUGGAUAGACUUAGGUGCAAGUGUGAACCUUUUGCCAUACUCUGUGUAUGUGAAAUUAGGUCUUGGGGAGCUGAAACCCACUCCUGUUACGCUACAGUUAGCGGACAGAUCUGUGAAAAUCCCUCGUGGUAUUGUUGAAGAUGUGUUGAUCAAGGUUGAAAUUUUUUAUUUUCCCGUGGACUUCAUUGUGUUAGAUACCCAACCGGUGCAAUAUCCUUAUGAUCAUAUUCCUGUCAUUUUAGGACGUCAUUUCUUGGCAACGUCCAAUGCUAUCAUAAAUUGUCGUAAUGGAGUGUUGAAUUUAUCUUUCGGUAACAUGACCGUAGAACUCAAUGUUUUUAACAUUAGUCAACAACCCAUGGAUUGUGAUGAUAGUGAUUUGCAUGAGAUUAACAUGAUUGAGAGUCUGAUUCAAGACUCAUUGCCUGACAUUUUAUCCGUGGACCCUUUGCAAGGAUGUUUAGAUAACUUUGACUUAGAUAUGUUUGACUCUAAGUACAUUAGUGAGGUUCACUCUUUGCUUGAAUCUGUGCCACCCAUGGAUAUUGCCAAAUGGCUGAAUGCAGUGGAGUCACUUCCACUCUGUGAUUCCGAAUCUGCCCCGAUUCCCGAUGAACCACCUAAGCUUGAUUUGAAACCAUUGCCUGAUACUUUGAAAUAUGCUUUCUUAGGUCCUUCUGAGACUUUGCCUGUUAUUAUUGCAUCAUGUUUAGACACAGAGAAGGAAAGUCAACUUUUAGAAGUGCUUAAAAAUAUAAAGAGGCCUUAG